AUGAUUAUGAAUAUGACUACUGAUUAUAGAGAUCCAUUACUCGAUUUGUUUGGUACAGAGUCUAACUCUGGCAAUGAAACAUCAUCUCCCAGUGACAUUCCAGUUAUCAACAGAAGUGGCACAUUUAAUCAGCAACAAUUUAGCCCCUUGUUAACCCAACAACUGUUAUACAAUACACCUAACUCUGGAUCUACUCCGAAUAUUUUUGACCCAAACUAUACCCAGAUGCAGGAGGAACAAACAUCUCCAUCUCUGAACAAACUUCAACCAGAAGAUCCCCCAAGAAAGAAAAGGAACACUAGAAGUCAGACAAAGAUACACCAACAACUGGAAGGAGAUGAAUACAACUCAAAUGAUUACAAAGAUCUGAUAGAUUUAGACAAACCACCAGUUGUUGAACCAAGUCCUCCGUUUUUUGUUGAAAGUGACACUACCCCUGAAUUUGUGAUUCCAACACCUACCCUGGAACAACAACAGCAACAACAUCACGAGUUAAUCGCACAAGACUACCAACGUUCCAAUAAUUCAAAUCAAUUUGGAAACUUGACCCAUUAUGAACCAAAUCUUCCUCCAUUACCUCCUUUAUCAGAGAGUAUACUUCCACAGACAAACACUUUCCAUCCAUUAGUGUUGCCACAUGACCCAAGACACGCUAUUACUGCUGGCCCAGCUAAUAACAGUCAACAACAACAACAACAACAACAGCAAGACUCACUGAUACCAUCAGAUGGUAUUUCUUCCAAGAUACAACAACUUCAUGCACCUUCAUUGUCAAACAAUCAAUCAGCAUCUCAACGUAAAAAGAAAGAAAGUUCUGGGCCCAAAACACGUCCUGCAUUUGUUAUGAAAAUCUGGUCGAUGGUGAACGAUCCUGCCAAUCAUGAAUAUAUCAGAUGGAAUGAUGACGGGAAGACUUUCCAAGUGUUUCACCGUGAAGAUUUUAUGAAGGUUAUAUUACCCAAAUAUUUCAAGCAUAAUAAUUUUGCUAGUUUUGUGAGACAAUUAAAUAUGUAUGGAUGGCACAAAGUGCAGGAUGUCGCUAAUGGUACCUUAAAUCAAAACUCGGACAAGAAUGGACAAGAUGAAAUAUGGCAAUUUGAGAAUCCAAACUUUAUAAAGGAUCGAGAAGAUUUAUUGGAUAAGAUUGUGAGAAACAAGAGUAGUUCAAACCAAGAUGACGUUUCUGGAGUUUCAUUCAAUGGGAUAAACAAUAGUGCAAAUUUGUCGUUGAUUUUACAAGAGUUGGAAACAAUCAAGAUGAAUCAGUAUGUUAUAUCUGAAGAUUUAAGAAGAGUGCGACAAGAUAACAAGAUGUUAUGGCAAGAGAACUACCUAAAUAGAGAAAGAAAUCAAGUACAAGGCCGCACAUUGGAUAAAAUAUUAAAGUUUUUAUCUGUUGUUUAUGGUAAUAAUGCUAAUAAAAUAUUGAAUGGGCACGGAUUCGCUGAUUUCAAUGAUAGUAACAAUAUCAUGACUCAAUAUAGACCAUCACCCAUGGGAUCACCAUUACUACUGAGACCACAAACCCAACCACCACCUUCAAAUUCUAGAUUUGCAAGAGAUAACAAUCAGACUGCACAACCUACUUAUGAAUCACCAUUAUCAACCAGCGAUACCAAUAAUAAUAACAACAAUACCUUUGAAUAUCAACAAGCUGUCAAUCGUCCACGUCUCAUGUUGACUAACCGAGCACAUUCCAGACGUCCAAGUAUGUCUAGAACCAAAUCUACUCCAGAAGGGUCCAUAGAAGAGAUAAUACGUUCUUAUUCCAACGAUAAAGCUGCUGAAUCUAAUGUUAAUAGAAUGUAUGAGCAAUUAGUUGGUCAUCAACCAGGUGCAACUACAAAUAACAAUAACCAUUCUUCCCUGACAGCAAUUUCGGCGCCAUCACCACGUCAUAGUUUCUUACAAGAAUUGAAUCUACCAGGCACACCAAGAAACCUUGAUGAUUUAGAGAAGCAUAUUAAUAAAGAAGGACAAUCAAUUCAGCAAGUGCAAGACUGGAUUGAUAAGUUAGCCCAAGAGCAACAUGAAAAACAACAGCAACAACAAGGAAAUGAUGAUGACGAUGAUUUUGAUGUCAACGAGUUUUUGAAAGAUGCUACUACAACUCCUAGUUCUAAUGUGCCAAAUGGUGGUCAUUAUAACAAUGGGAAUAUAAGUUUUGUUGGUUCACCAAUUGCGAUGACUCCAGGCUCAAAUGUCAGUUCUAACAUAAAUGAUUCUGAUGGUAAUGAGAAGAAACUGAAAAAAAGGUCAAUCGAAGAAGUUAGCGAUCAUUAA